AUGGAUAAACAAGUAAAACGCAAACGUGGAACAAGUACUAGUUUGGAUGAUGAUUCACAGAACGACUUAGAUGAAAUUAAUAAUAGUUUCAAAAGACUACGGACAUCUGAAAACAAAAGUGUUGAAGAUGAAGAUCAAGAUACGGGUGUUAGUACUACUGGAGGUGGUGCUGAAGCUUCUCAACAUGCAUUGCAUGGUCUCCCAGGAAACGGCUCAGGAUGGGUAGAGCUGUUUGUGCGUGAUAUCACGAGUGCAUAUAACAUGGAUGAUGCAAAGACUCGUGCCUCUAAGCUUCUGGAGGUUUUAAGGAAGUCCAUCCGCUUUGAUGCUAGUAUGGAGGUAGCAGGAAAUAGCCAACAGGAGAAUGUGAUGCUGAAACAACAAUCGGAAAAACUAAUCCGAGAAAAUGCUGCCCUCAAGCGAGCUGUAAAUAUCCAGAAUGAGCGAUAUGAUGGCAUGACCCAGCAAUUAAGAAUGCUUCAGGUCGACAAUUAUGCACUUGCAAUGCAACUGCGACGGGCGACAAAAAACAACUCCGAAUCUGGACGUUUAUAUCCUGGUGAUCUUUUAAGCAUUGAUUAG